AAACACUUCAACCCCACUAUAAUAAGUCUAUAAAUGUUUGCUGGUGUGUUUUUUUGUUACCCCAUUCACCCAAUCGAUUCUCGCAUUUCCUCUUCAGCACUAACACAUAAUUGGAAAAAUUUACCGCCGUAGUUAUAUAUUCUAACCGCUUAAUUAUUGGUAUAAUAAAUUAAUAAUCCUAUACUUGUUCAUUCAAUUACGAACAUAUAGUUUAAUUAGUAGUGGGAGUUGAUACUAUAUAAGUUAUGCUUGGAAGUUGAAAAAUCAUUAUCAUACAACUUGCUAUUAGUGAUCAAUUUCUGAAGCUCUGAAAUCAACAAAUUAACUUUGAGGGGAAAAAAAGUUAGGGGUUUUGUCAGUAUGAAGUUCUCAAAACAAAGUACAUCGAUUCAUCGGAUUCUGUUGCUGCUCUGCUUUGUUCAUUUCUCAGGCCUUGAAGUGAAGGGAUUAGACUAUGAUUACAGUUUCACUCGCGAGGCAAGCAGCCUGAUUUUUGUUAUGUCUCGUCUUUCUAAUAAUAAUAAUAAUAAUAGAUACGGUGAAUUCAUUCAGUUAUAUAUACAUUUUACAUUUUUUUUUGGGCUAUGGUUAAUGUCAGUGUUUGGAAGAUCCUCUGAAACCUCAGUAUGGAGGAGGGAUUGUUGUGAACCCAGAAUUUAGCCAGGGGAUAAAGGGCUGGACAUCAUUUGGAGGUGCAGCAAUAGAGAAGAGAGAAUCACAUUUGGGAAACAAUUUCAUCGUUGCUCUGAAUAGAAGCCAUGGGAGAGACAGUUUUUCGCAGAAGUUCAUAUUGAAAAAAAACACGUUCUACACGAUUUCAGCUUGGUUACGAAUAAGCCAUGAAGAAGCAAAUGUGGCUGCUGUGUUCAAAACAUCAGGUGAUGUCCACCAUUAUGCUGGUUGGUCUAUCGCCCGGUCCGGCUGUUGGUCAAUGUUUAAAGGUGGUUUAGCUGCUAAUUAUUCCGGGUCGGCUGAGCUUUACUUUGAGUGUGACCACCCAUCGACUGAAAUAUGGGCAGACGGCGUUUCAUUGCAACCAUUUACCCAAGAAGAGUGGGCAUCCCAUCGGAAUCAAAGCGUUGAAAAGGUACGUAAAAGCAAAGUGAAGAUCCGAGCAAUUGAUCAUACUACGGGCAACCCAAUGGUGAACGCGACGGUAGAAAUCAAAGCAGUAACAACGAAUUUCCCACUAGGUAAUGCUGUAAGUAACAGAAUCCUAACAAUUCCGGCUUACCAGGAUUGGUUCGCCAAAAGAUUCAGAUACGCCGUCUUCGAGAACGAGAUGAAAUGGCAAUGGAACGAACCGCAACCGGGCCAAGAGGAUUACCAUUUCGCGGACCGGAUGUUUCAGUUCGUCCAGAAGAACAACAUUAAAACCAGAGGCCAUAAUGUCGUAUGGGAAAACGAUUUUUGGCUACCCAAUUGGGCCAAAAAUAUGGAUGCUAACCAAUUGAAAAAUGCCACAAUCCGUAGGCAAUUAUCAAUCAUGAGGAGAUACAGAGGGCAAGUGAUACACUGGGAUGUUGUGAAUGAAAACUUGCAUUUCUCAUAUUUUGAGGACAAAUUUCAAUCAAAUCGCGCAUCCUAUGUUUUCUAUAAAAGGGCUCAGGUUAUUGAUGGAGAAGCUGUUAUGUUCUUGAAUGAUUUUGACACGAUCGAAAAGCCGUCGGGUUUUAAAGCGUCUCCGGCCAAGUACUUGGAGAAGAUUGAUCUGAUCCGAUCACAGGGUUAUGAUGGUCCUUUGGGAAUUGGCAUACAAGGUCAUUUUUAUGACCCUCCUGUUGGACCUUACAUUAGGAGUGCACUUGAUGCAUUGGCUACCGCAGAAUUGCCCAUUUGGAUUUCGGAGUUGGAUGUUAAUGUUAGCUGGCCAAAGGCAGCAGAGUACUUGGAAGAAGCCCUGAGGGAGCUUCAGGCACACCCGGCGGUGGAGGGGAUCAUGAUAUGGGCGCCAUGGUCACCGCCUGAUUGCUACAGAAUGUGCAUAACUGAUGCCGAUUUCAAGAACUUGCCAACCGGAGAUGUCGUCGACAAACUUCUUGACGAAUGGAGUCACGCCGGAGGUUUUGUGGGCAGUACUGAUAAAGAUGGCUACUUCCACAGUUCUCUGUUUCACGGUGACUAUGAAUUGAGGAUCAAUCAUCCUUCAGUGGCUAAUUCUUCCAAGAAGUCUUACAAAUUUAAGGUGGAAUCAUCACGUAAAGUGAAACAUGUUGUUUUGAAGAUUUCGCCUGAGAUAUCUUCAAAUUGAAACAGGAGCUUUCCUUGUUUCAACUAACAGAAAUGUACGCAGUGGAGUAAGUACUGAUUAGUGAUAAUUACUGCUUGAUUGUUAAUUUAGCUAAUUGUUUAUUGUGAGAAUGGCAGCCGUGGUUACUAUGCCAAACAUAGAGGCAUUGAAUUUAACAAUAGAUUUAUCUCUUGAAUCUAACACGUCCUCAUGUUCAAAUUUAUCUAGACAAUAAUUUGAAGCUUAUUUUGUCAUUGUAUGAAAAAGGGAAUCACAUAGGC